AUGGAUUCUUUCAAAGCAAACUACGAGGACGAGGAGUACUACCAUGGAUUGCUCCCGAGAGAGGAUCUGCCGCUGCUUUUGCGAGCACCGGGCGACUUUCUCCUGCGGACAUCACAAUCAAAGUUAACCGAAGAACGAAAGCUGAUUCUCUCACUGGCUGUUGCGCCCGAUCCUACGAAUCCAACAAUUUCAACACCGAAGGAAGGCAAUAGUGGAAUUGGAGCGGUUGUUCCAUCGCACAUCAGUGGAUCCGCAUCGGCUUUGGCUGAGACUGAAAAGCGACAACACCCACACCCAAAGAAACCUGAGAGUUCUGGCCUUCGGCGUUCGCGUGAGGGGACACGAAAGCUCAAGACUGGUGACAACGCCGCAAGAGCCCAUCCAUCCGUUUCGAAGAUUUCGAUGAUGAAGCCGCACACAAAAACUACCCGACUUUCGAAAACCAGCCACGAGAAGAAGCCUACCGAAAGUUCCGACAUUGUCAACUCAGGAUGCAGUGCACCAAGCAACUCAGGAUCCAGUGUGCCUGGUAGCCUGAAGUCAACGCUCCGCCACUUUAUUCUCACUCCAGAGGUAACGACUCCACCGUCUCGCUGGACAAACGAUAAAACGCUCACGGCAGACACCCCCGGUGAACUUAUCCAAAUGUAUCGGCUCUCUAGGCAACCGAUAGAUAAGAAAUCUCCAAACACGGUGCUCAUCAAUCCAAUCAAACGACCACCUUGGGAACUCAGACACGACAAUGUGACUCUGCAAAAGAAAAUCGGCGAAGGACAGUAUGGUGAUGUGUGGACUGCAAAGCUUCGUAUUCGGCCACAUGUAGGCAUCAACAAGGAAAUCGAUGUGGCGGUGAAGCAAACAAAAACGGAGGAGAGCAUGAGCAAGGAAAAGAUUAAGGAAGUGAUGAAAGAGGCCCGUUUGAUGCGAAAUGUCGAUCAUCCGAAUGUUGUGAAGCUUUACGGUGUGGUGGUCGAAAGGGAGCCGUUGUUGAUUGUCAUGGAACUGGUGGACGUCGGAGGACUCGACAAAUAUUUGUUGCUUACUGGAGAUAAGUUGAAUGCCGAACUUAAAAUCUCGUUCAUUCAAGAUGCCGCAUGGGGAAUCGAAUACCUUCAUCACAAACGAAUCAUUCAUUGUGAUUUGGCAGCCCGAAAUUGUUUGAUUGCUACGACGUAUCAAGGACUUAUGGUGAAAAUCUCGGACUUUGGACUUUCGCGAGAGGGUGAAACCUAUUCCCUCCGAGAGAAGAAAAAGAUGCCGGUGAAGUGGCUCGCACCAGAGACAAUCGAAACUUUGACAUUUUCGCUUAAGAGUGACGUUUGGGCCUUUGGAGUUCUUGUGUGGGAGGUUUUUGCGAACGCCGAGGAACCGUACAAUGGAUUGACGAAUGCGGACACGAAAGCAAAGGUGUUAGCUGGUGGACGGCUCGAAUUUCCGAUCACCACGCCGGCUGAAAUUCAACUACUCAUUUUGAAGGACUGCUGGGAGCAAACGAGCGUGAAACGAGCCACGAUGACUGUGGUGUCUCAAAAACUCGAGGUGAUCAGUGGGAAAACGCCACCCGAUCAACAGCAAUCGGUACGUCGUACAGUUCUUCAAGGAAACCAGAGCACUCAACCGAUUCAACAACCGCCCAAACCACAGCCACAUCAGCUCCCAUCGAUCAAGCAGCAAGUCGCCGGCUCUCAACACGCCGCCCAGACCCCAGUACAAAGCAACAUGAAGCCUCUCGUAAAGCCCAAGUCUCAGCACAAAGUGAGCAAAGGAGUGUCGAAUGACCACGGAACUAAAUCGGGUCGCCGAAAGCAU